CGCACUCAUACGUAAAAUCCCAAAACACGCUCGGUGUCGGUUGUUUUGUCGUAUCAUGGUAACUUUUUGUAGUAAGGCUUAUCUCACCGACUGGAAUCGCCAAUCGUGAUCUGAUGCCACACCUCCCGCACAUCUUCCUUUUCGUCAGCGCCUCAAAGUGCCUCGCUCGGAUGGAAAAGAACAGCACACACAGUACUUAGUUGUACCCCGCUCAACAAUCCCCCUCGUAUGAUCUGUAUGCAGUGGUCUCUUGAUAGUUGCUGGCUCGCCCUGCUUUAUCUACAACAGCUGUGGUUUCAAGGCGAAGUGUCCAAGUUUUAUUGCCACCUUCUUCAGUCGUAGACUAUAUUCCAGACCUUACCAAGUAUUCUUAAGAAAUUGAAGAGAAAGAGCUUUUGUAGUCCGACCUGGACAUUACUAUUACGUUUACACGUAAUCUACUGCUCAGCCUUUUUAUAAGUGAAUUUGUACGUUCGUAGCUUCAGUACUAUCUCUCCGGUUUCAUUGCAAAUUAUCUUCAAAUAAAUAUAAUAAAGAGGACAACGACAAACAACUAUGUCGGCUGCGCCGCAGCGCAUUCUUGUGACUGGUGCCAACAAAGGCAUCGGUUUUCACAUCGUGCGGCUCAUGGCACAUCAUCUCACCCGCACGCGACAGCUAUCACAAUGAAAAAUGCCCCCACCCCGGAAGUGGCAAAAGUUUCUCAUGCAAAGUUUCCAAAUGAAAGCUUUUUCUAGCUCCGCAAGGUAUCUUUUGCAUGACAGAUCCGGCUACUUUCGGGCUCCUUUGCAACACAGAUUUGAGCUAUUCAGCAUGGAAAAUUUGUGAUGCUGAUAUAUGCAAAGCGGGGAGUGUAUCUAUUGGAAAAGUUUGCAAUACAGAUGCUGCCAAGUUCUGGGGUGGGGGCACUAUUCAUUGUAAUAGCAGCCCGCGGAAAUUUUUCUGGGUUGCCGCAACGUCGAGCUCGGAGAAAAGGCGCGACGAGACGUGGAAGCAGAGCUUCAAGCGAGCUCUGGAGCGGGUAUAUAGAAAUUAUAUUGUAGAAGUUUCAUCUGACCGCACGCAGCAGGGGGAUCUAUCCGCGAUAGUUAGAACGACGUUUACCAUUUUCAAACGGUCUGGUUUUCUACUCUCACAGGUAAAAAUGGAGGCCCUGCUUCGUCCUGCGUUUCGCUGAAGUUCGUCCAGCUCGACCUAACCGCCCCCGCAACUAUGACCAGCGCGGCGCAGAAAAUUGGUCCACCGCUACACGUGCUGGUGAACAAUGCGGGUAUGGCGUUCAAAGGGGACGCAUUCAGCGUGGAAGUCGCAGCUCGGACCAUCGGCACGAACUUCGAGGGCACUAUGCUGGUCACGGAGGCCUUUCUUCCCCUGCUCUUGGACGGCGCCACCUAUCGCCCGCACCAAGACCCACCCCGGCGGAUCGUGAACGUGUGCAGCAUGGCGGGACUGCUGAAAAACCGGUACAGUGCCCAGCUGAAACAGAGGUGGCUCGCCUGCCAAUCCAAGGAGGAUAUUUUGGCGCUGACGACCGAAUUUAUCGCCAAGGUGCGGGAGGACACCUACGCGCAGUUCGGCUGGCCGCGGCAGACCUACGCGGUUUCUAAAGCGGCAGAAAUCGCUUUCACGCGACUCCUGGCCCGGGAUUUGGCUAUGCAAGAGGAAAUAAACUAGUACACGGGUGCGGGUGCAGAAAAACAUGUCGCAAAAUAUAUAAAGCAUGAUCAAGAACAUCCUCUGCAGCAGCUGCUAUUGCAAAUUUCGAAGCCGUGGCUUCUGCGUCUGCUGCUGCCAUCAAGACAAAUCUACUAAUCUAGCACAAAAAUGCUAUCACAUCCGGCAACAUGUUGGGCUGUUUACAACGACCGACCAGCACUUCUACACGGCAAGUCGCGCCGUCAUGAUCGAUAGAUCCUCGGGCCCGCGCCCGGGCCACCGUCUGCAUGAUAAGUAAAUUUUGCUUUGGCGUCGCCAAUAAUAACCUGUCCUAGACAAAUAUCAAUCCUUUGUCUGCGCUAGUAUCUAAGUCUAUUUUCCUCGCAUAAUACCGGAUCAAAAUGUAUUGGUGUACCCGUGUUGCCCCGGUUGGUGUCGGACGGACAUUAUGAACUGCAAAAGUAUCGUACUCGUAUAAAUGCAUUAAGAAAUAAAAUUUCUAAUGCGGAGUUACUUUAGCAAAAGGAUUUUUUGUAAUGCAUGAUUGCAAAAAUACGAGUGCGAUAUUUUUGCACAGGAUAGACAUGGCCGGCGACCGAGCUCCACGAUCAGCCGAAGAGGGCGCGGAUACCCCAACCUGGUUGGCGCUGGAAAAUGUGUAUGCGUUGCAAAUCUGUCUGGGCCUUCUAGAACGAAGUUUCGCUUUGAUUUUGCUUGUUGAUGUUCGUUGAAAGCACGAGCACAACUACCAAAAGCUGGCGCGAUACAUGACAUCAAUGCGCGACACGGUCUGCUGUCAUGGAGAAGCGGGAGUUCUCAAAUAACUCGAUACGCUCUGCUAGGCAUGCGCAGGUGUUUCAUGUUGAAAUUGAUUCGCUCCUUUUGAAGCGACGAACAUAAGCAUUUGCAUUUUCGAGGCCUCGACAUAUUUGCAAUGGAAAACACAGAAUACUUGCCCAAAUCCGGGAAAUUUGUACAGGAUAGACAAACAUUCAAAUGGGAUGGAUAGAUACCAUUGACACAUGUGAAGAGAACCCAAAAAGACUGAGUGGACAAGCUCGGAAGAAUCCAAAAAGAGUGUAUCCGAAUCCAAAAAGAUUGGACAAUCUCGGACAAACAUUACCGAAAUGAAACUUUUCAAAAU